UUGGGGAUGAGGCAACGUGUUUACUUAACAACACUUCACAAAACAAGCCCUAAAGUGUAUAAAUACACUUGGAGGUGGGAAUUUAAUGCCUAACACUGCAUCCUCAGACUAAUCUUGCCUUAAAAUGUGUGAAGGCAACCCCCCCCCUCCCCACACCAGAUGCACCAGCACUGAGGUGCAUGGAGCUGCAGACUGGGGCUGUGUGCUGCCCAGAACAAGGCUGGCUGUGUCCUACAGGGCUCUGCAGAACCUCCCUGGGAGUGCUGAGUUUGUGUUAACUCCCGAUUCUGGUGCACCCCUCUCACCUGCAGGGAAGCUGUGCUGAGCCUCUCCCUGCUAUGUGCACAAAGCAGAAUCUGGGUGCACCUCCAGACUGCUGAGUGUGAGCACCCCCAAACGUGCCUCGCUGGGCUGACAGGACCUGGAUCUAAUAAGAAAUAACGAGCAGCCUGGACCUGAUGCACAAGUUUAGGAAAUUCACCACCUGAGAUGCACGCUUUCCUCCAUUCUUGUAUUUGCUCACGGCAGCAGCGUUUUCCCUUCUGCACCAUGAGAAAGGUUCGGUAAAGCAGUGACGGUGCGCCGGGUGAUUUGGGGCUGACUGUCGGACAGAACCCCGUCGUGCACCUGCCGACUUCUCUCUCACUUUUAACCCACUCGCUCCUUUAUGCAGCGGGGCAGCUCCGGGAGGGUGGAGGCGGCUGAAUUUCGGCUGCUCGGAGCCGCGUUCCCACACGGAACCCCAAAUCCGACCCCCGAGAUCACCGCAGGUGCGGAGGAGCGGCCAUCUCCCGGCGCACCCACCCGCAUCCCCGAGCACCCGCGGUCCCGCACUUACAUCCGGGGCCGGCUUUACUAAUGGGAGACGUAAUUAACCCGGAAAAAAAGCGACGGCUGAGCCACGGGCACACCCCCUCCGCGCCCAGCCCUCCUCCGCGGCUCCGCUCGGCGUGCGCGCAGCCCCAACCCGGCCAUGCGCGGGGCCGACAGCACAGCGGCGGUGCGGGGGUGAUGCCAGAAGGAGCCCGGCAUGCCGUACUUGGACCGACAGAACCGUAUCUGUGGGUUCCUGGACAUUGAAGAAAAUGAGACCUGUGGCAAAUUCCUUCGACGUUACUUCAUCCUGGACACGCAGGCCAACUGCCUGCUGUGGUACAUGGACAACCCGCAGAACCUGGCGAUGGGAGCGGGCGCCGUCGGCUCUUUGCAGCUCACCUACAUCUCCAAGGUCAGCAUCGCCACCCCGAAACAGAAACCCAAAACUCCGUUCUGCUUUGUGAUCAACGCUCUGUCCCAGCGCUAUUUCCUGCAAGCCAGCGACCAGAAGGACCUGCAGGACUGGGUGGAGGCUCUCAACCGUGCCAGCAAGAUCACGGUCCCAAAGGGUGGUGCUGCUGCACCCCCCACCACUGAGGUCACGAAGCCCCCAGCAGUGCUGCAGGCACAGGACAGGAAGCCCCCAGUGGCUUACAAGACUGAAAUCAUCGGUGGGGUGGUGGUGCACACCCCCAUCUCCAUCAGCCAGAAUGGUGGGGAUGGAGCAGAGGGCAGCGACCCGACUGCGCAUCCACUGCUGCGCCGCUCACAGAGUUACAUCCCUGCCUCGGCCAGCAAGCCACCCGCUGGGCCACCGGCCAUCAAGAGUGGCUUCUGCGUGAAGCAGGGCAAUGUGAGGAAGAGCUGGAAGCGCCGCUACUUUGUCCUCGAUGAGUUUUCCAUCAGUUACUACAAAUGUGAGCAGGACAAGGAGCCGCUGCGUUCCAUCCUGCUGAAGGACAUCUGCAAGACCCACGAGUGCCUGGUCAAAUCCGGUGACCUCCUGAUGCGGGACAACCUUUUUGAGAUCAUCACGAGCUCCAGGACCUUCUACAUCCAGGCAGACAGCCCCGAGGACAUGCACAGCUGGAUCCGUGCCAUCGCAGGGGCAGUGCAGGCCCUGAAGACCCGCCCGAGGGAGAUCUCCUUCAUGCGCUCUUGUUCCAUGACCAAACCCGGGGGCAGUUCGGUGCCAUCGCAGCCACAGGAGAGGAGAACACCUUACAAGGCUCCAGCCACUGCCUGGCAGCCCUGGACGCCGGUACCACAGGACAGGAGGCAGCCCGAGGUGCCCAGUAGGGAUGCAGUGUUUGUGCCGGCGCUGACGGAGCGCGAUGGAGCUCCUGUGCCAGGUCAGCGCCUGCGGCACCGCUCGGAACCACAGCACCACAAGGAGAAGACAUUCCUCUUCGACCUGGAUGAUGACAGCAUCCGGACCUCUGACGUCUGACGGCGCCUCUGCCCCACGGUGUGCCCCCUGCAUGGGUGUGUGGCAUCAUUUCUCCCCGAGCACCAAAUAUGGAAGACAGUGCAGGAGGAUUUGGAAGCACGAGGGGGGUGAGGCGGCCUUUCUUCUCUUUGGAAGAACGUUCAUCUCCCUUCUGUGCCACUCAGUCUUCCCCAACACAGCUGUGCCUGGAGCAGGAGCUGCACUGCAGCCUGCGGUGUGGAUGAUGUUUCUUGGAGAUCGGCUCCAUGCACUGCCUGACUGAUGGGGUACCAGCACACCCAGUGGCAUCUAACCUCCUCCUUUUGUAUCUGUGGCCAUUGUUACAUCCCAGUGAGGUGUGCUGCUCCUGGGGGACAGCGGUGACCGGGGCUGUGGUAUCCUCAGGUUGUUCUGGGGUUUGUUAGGCACCAAAAAGACCCGUCUGAGUGAAGUGCCGUGAGCACAAAGCAACAAAAGCUGAGAGUGUAGAUGAACCCCGGGAGACUCGUCCAACCACCCUGCACUGACUCAGAAUGAAAAUGAGAAGAACCUUUCUUAGCAGUGUGAGCCGGUCAUUUCCAUAAGCAAAUAUCCUCCUGUGGGAGGUGUGACACAUAGCACAUGGAAAAUGCAAGUCUUCCCCAUGGAGUGAUUGUUUGAUGCCUUCACCCCGACAGCACAUGUAGGAUGCCAUGGGUGCUGCAAGCAGUGCUUGGUGCUGUGUGCACUCAGAGCUGCAUGCAAAGCAGGGGCUCUGCUUCCCCUCCUAAUGCACCACAGCAGUGCUGGAGCUGAGCUGCCCAAACCUGCAUUGCAGCUGAAGGAUCAGGGUUGCAGGUGUGGGGCUGCACUGCAAGCCCAGCAGUGCUGGAAUGUGUGCUCUGCAGUUAGCAAGGUGUCCCUUUGCUUUAUGUAGUUAUCUUUUUUUUCUUUUGGUUAUUAUGCAUUCUCUGCUCUGCAAAAUCAGCCCAACGUGGCAGGAUGUUGUCAGAUGGCAUUACUUUGCUUUCCUGUGUGUCUGUUGUGACCCAUGGAGAAGCAGCUGCAGAUACACUUUAUACAGUGGGGGAAGGUGAAUGGGAUCCCCCAGACCAGGGGGCAGGAGCAGCUUUGUGCAGGAGUGCUGGAGAACACUGAAAUAAUGAAAACGAGUGGAAAACAAUGCAAAUGGUACUGGGAGAAUGUUAAUAUUUGUUAUUUAAUUGUAGAAACCUCAGUUACGCUGUUCAUUUUUGCUUUUUUCCUUUGUUUUUUUUGCCUUCGGCUGACCUCUGCUUGCUGGUUUGGUGCUCUGUUCCCUGGAGGUUUUGGGCUGUCGCUCACACUCACAGCACUGGGUGAUGUCGGCGCUCUGACCUCAUUUUGGGAACCCAUUAAAUGAUGGUUCCUUUGUGC